UAGGUUUGAAUACGGAAGUUACAUGUUACUGGCUUCGCGUUUAGUUCAGCGCUUGUAAAUAGUGUAACUUCAACACCAGCGAGGAACAGUCGUCUGUUAACGGGGCAGAGAAACAACGUUUAACUGCAGUGCACUUUAUAUGUCCAAGUGAAACUUGCCUGUUCGAGAUUGACCAACAUUUUUAACAUAUUGAUCUUGUUGAAGCGCAGCUUUUUAGCCCACAUUUCGGAUUUCAAAUGGAUGUUCUACCAAUGUGCAGCAUAUUUCACGAACUUCAGAUUGUACACGACACGGGCUACUUUUCAGCCUUACCAUCACUGGAGGAAUAUUGGCAGCAGACAUGCUUGGAGUUGGAACGGUAUCUACAGAGCGAGCCUUGCGUCUCAACGUCCAAUAUCAAGUUCAAGACGCAGGAGCAUGACCCGUGGAGUAAGGUGAUCCUGGCGUGUGGGGAUGAAGCGAUUGACUUCGACUCAAAGAUCCCUCUGGUCAAAGAGGACAAUCAGGAUAGCCCAAUCUUGGAAACCAAAAGUGUUAACUCUGACGCCAACAGCGACGCGUCAGACAGUUCUUGGGAGCUCACGCAAGCACACAGCUUUACCUCAAACCCUCUGGGUUCGGUUCUGGCCUGUUCUGGACCUUUUAGCGCUUGUAUCAUUAGCACUCCACCAUCCUCCCCAGAGGUCAGCUCGGAACCCAGCAUCUCACAAGGCUGGAGAAGCAUACACACGGAAUUGCACUUGCCGGUAGAAAUGCGGACAGGCGGCAUCGGGAAGAACUCGGGAAAGACUAGGCUGGUCAGUGGAGAUCCGUCACCGGAUGGGAGGAGACGGGUGCACAGGUGUCACUUCAACGGAUGCCGCAAGGUUUACACAAAGAGUUCGCACUUAAAAGCACACCAGCGCACUCAUACAGGUGAAAAACCAUACAAGUGUUCAUGGAAGGGCUGUGAGUGGCGAUUUGCACGGAGUGAUGAGCUAACCAGACACUUCAGGAAGCACACUGGGGCCAAGCCAUUUAAAUGCAGUCACUGUGAAAGGUGUUUCUCCAGGUCCGAUCACCUUGCCCUCCACAUGAAGAGACACCUCUGAGCGUCGCGGAGCCAUAUAAGCCAUUUAGCGGAACGAACUAACGCAGCAAAGGGGAAUGUCGUCUCAUAACCAGUCUCAUGGUUGAUCUGCCCUUCAGAGGACUGAUGCUAGGGGAGUGUGUUCAAGCCAAAGCCUGCCAUUUUGCACCAUACCCAGUGCUUCCGGGAUGGACGAACCCCUUGGAGAAAAGUAAUGACAAAAUUAUGUAUGGAAGGAAGCAGACAAUUUAAUUGAGGGAAUGGGAAAGAGAAAUUAAGACACAAUGCAUUAAUUUCUUUUUUUAAUGUGUGGUUGGUGCGUGAUGUAUUGAGGUGGCGCAACUGUCUCCUGGACAACCGAUACACUGGUACUUCACAAACUUUCUAAGGUAAGCAUGUGUGGACUGCGAAUAUCUGACUGGGUUGCCUUGCCAGUGUGCAAAGAGGGGGAGGCAAAGGUCGUAUGGUACCGUUGCUUCUGUGGACUGAAUGGUAUCAGGGAACAAGUUCUGUUUCCUUGUGGUCGUGAGGAAAGUGUCUACCUGCCUGUCAAGCAGCAGCGAGAUUGAGUUAAUUAUUUUUUUUAAAUGUUUUUGCCAGAAGUCUUGAGGGGUUGUGGUAGGGGGUGAUGUUGUAUCCCCUCCAGUUAGCAGAGGCCAGGGCAGGAAGUCCACAAUGUGAGCUUUUUCUAGUGUUUGGUGCAGCUAUUAAAUGUGCAAUAUGUACAUGGCUUGUUUUUUUAUAACACAGCUAAUGUGCUUAGAAGUUAGAACACAACGAACUAUACUAUAACUUCAGUAUCAUAGACAGGUGUUGCAUGGUUCUGGAGGUUAUUUGCUUUUCCUGUUAUUCUGUAAUCAGGACUGCAAAUAGAAUUCUAUCAAAGUGCAGCUAAAUACCAACAGUUAAAUGUUACAAUAUUGUACAUAAAGUUUUUUGGUUUUUUUUGUAUUCAGUACUUUUUUUGGUUGGAGAAAUCACUAUUGCCUAAUUAACUGAAUCAUUCAUGAAGCUAUUUUUUCACUCCUCUAUGCCUUUAGGACUCUUGAAUUCGAUUUUGUAUAUUCCAUUUUCACCCUGAUAAGACACCAUUUAAUUUAAUUAACAGUGCAUUGUGUAAGUGACCUAGACUUGUGGUUUGGUUUUCUCCUGGUGGGGGUCACGUUUUAUGGGUGAUUUGAAAAGAUUUAUUAAGGCACAAUUUCACAUGAACUUACUUGCACCGUUCCUUGUAUUCAGAGACAGCUAGGCCUAUUAGCCCAUAUGUAGAUUUGUGAAUAAAGUGUUUAUGACAUGCAGAGUAAAGAUCCUCUAUUAGAUCAUCAGGGUGCUUUUGUUUUGCUAUAACCUGUCUAUAUAGUACAUUCAGUUGAAUCAGAUCAAAACCCAUGUAAAUGGAAUUAAUGGGUGUCUUCAAGUCAUCAAGUAGAGCACUUUAAACAAUGUAUUAUUAAACAAAUGUACUGUAUGUCGUUCCACAUUUGGUUUUUGUGUAAAAAUGUAGCUCGACGGUACAAAACAACCUGAUGAGACUAUAGGGCUAAGUCCGAGAUGGCACCUUGUUCCCUUUUAUAGGGCACUAUUUUCAACCAGACCCCUAUGUAUGGUGGUCAAAAGUAGUGCGCUAUAUGGAAUAGGGUGCCCUUUCAGAUGCACCCUACCACUAGGUCAUGGAGCUUUUGGUUUGUGUAAAGACAAGGUUAACUUGAAGGGAAAGUGAUAGGGCUGCAGCUGUGUUCAACAAUGUCUGGGCUUUGGGUUUGUAGGGAACUCAGGGCCCAGUCUCACUGUAGACCAAUAUCCUCCCCCUCCAACCAAGCCAAGGAAAAACCCUAAAGAUUUAUUGUAAUUAUCAAGCUCUAGUUGGACAGGCCUUGUAUUGCAUUUCUAAUUAAAUGUUUUGCUGGCAUAGAAUCUGUUAACUGCUGUUUCUGGGAGUUUGCUUUUGACCCAUUUGGGCAUUCAUUUGUU